CUGUGGUUUGGUCCCGCGCGGCGCAGCUUCUGUAGAUCUGCGGUUGCUUCAUGUUAGCUCCUUUGUCAGCUGACUCAUUCACAUGACUCCCCGGUUCGCCUCGGUCUGCCCUGUUUUCCGAUGCUGCAAAGAUAAGGAAAUAGAUUUUAAAUCACCGGAGGAUUAGCUCCGUUGUAGAUUAGGGACCACUCGGAGGAGAUAGAUGGCUGAAAACACCGGACUGUAAACAAGAAGCUAGCUAAGCUAAUGAAGAGGCUGUAAACAGGCACGCGGAGGAGCUGUUAGCGGGUUAGCUAAAACGUCCUGAGUCUUGGUCAUCAGAACUCUGCCAACAUGAGUCCAGAAGGGAAGAAGCUCUGGAACAUCAUCAUCCUCGGCUUCGGCUUCAUGUUCAUGUUCACUGCUUUUCAAACAUGUGGAAACAUCGAGCAAACUGUGAUAAAAAGCUUCAACAGCACAGAGUUUCAUGGAAGCGGAUACACCAGCAUGGCCAUCAUCUACGGAGUUUUCUCGGCCUCCAACCUGAUCGCGCCGUCGGUGGUGGCGGUCAUCGGGCCUCAGCUCUCCAUGUUCUUUAGCGGCCUCUUAUACAGCUGCUACAUCGCCGUGUUCAUUUACCUGUACACCUGGAGUUUCUACACGGCGUCUGUGCUGGUUGGAGUCGCAGCUGCAGUGCUGUGGACGGCUCAGGGAAACGUUCUCGCCAUCAACUCCUCCGACACCACCAUUGGAAGAAAUAGUGGCAUUUUCUGGUCGCUGCUGCAGUUCAGCUUGUUCUUCGGGAACCUGUACAUCUACUGCUCCUGGCACGGACACGUUCACAUCACAGACCGGGACCGUCAGACCGUCUUCAUCUCUCUCACCGUCAUCAGUCUGGUCGGCUGCUUCCUCUUUUUCCUGAUCCGGAAGCCCGAGCCAGAGAGUCCCUCUGCGCCUGAGGGGGCGGAGUCACUGCUGCCCUCGGAUUCCAGUGACAGCGCCGCCGAGCGCCCCGCCAGUCUUUGUGCUCAGGCUCUUGAUGCUUUCGUCAAAGCCUGUAAAAUGUUUGUGACCAAAGAAAUGCUGCUGCUGAGCGUCUCCAUCGGAUACACGGGCCUGGAGCUCACCUUCUACAGCGGCGUGUACGGGACCUGCAUCGGCGCCAUGACGCGCUUCGGCACGGACGCCAAGAGCCUGAUCGGAAUUUCUGGGAUCUGCAUCGGCAUCGGCGAGAUCCUGGGAGGGGGCGUGUUCGGCCUUCUGAACAAGAGCAACCGCUUCAGCAGGAACCCCGUGGUGCUGCUGGGACUGCUCACCCACUAUCUAGCCUUCUACUUGAUUUUUCUCAACAUUGCCAGCGAUGCUCCUCUGGCACCGGAGGCGGGAACUGACCUGGAGGCGUUCAUCACUCCCAGCGUGGGCGUGGCGUUGCUCUGCAGCUUCCUGCUCGGCCUGGGCGACAGCUGCUUCAACACGCAGCUCCUGAGCAUCAUCGGCCUCUUGUUCCGCGACAACAGCGCCCCGGCAUUCGCCGUCUUCAAAUUCAUCCAGUCCAUCAUGGCGGCGGUGGCCUUCUUCUACAGCAACUACCUGCUGCUGCACUGGCAGCUGCUCAUCCUGGUGGUCAUGGGCUUCCUGGGCACCGUUUCCUUUUUCGUGGCGGAGUGGGUGGCCCAGGCCAGCAGGAGGGACUACGACCGGUUCUGAGCGGCCUCUGCAGAGAACGCUGUCCGGUCCAGAACCCACAGACUGCGGUAUGUUUGGUUUUACCUGAGCUGCCCCGACUAUCUGACAGAAAACACUCGUGGACGGAGGAAACACCUGUCCUUCACCUCUGGCUUGUUAUGGUUUCAUUUGCACACUUUGAGCGGUUCUCCUCCCAGACAGACGGAUGGAGACGCCAAACUCUGACUUAAAGCCAAUAAGGCUCCAUCCUGCUGGUGAUGACGGAGCGUUGAGGGACUUAAUGGUGAAUCUGCUGCACAUUUAUUGACACUCGGUGAAUGUGAUUCACUCACUGUAGCUGAGCUGUCUUCAUUCAGACGAUGUUCACUGUACAUAAAAUCCAUCGUCUCACGUUUGCUGCCCUCACUGAUCAUUUCCUGAUGGACUUUUGGACAAUGUAUUUGAAAAAAUAAUUAAGACAAAUGGAUUUAUGGUUAAAAAAAUGACCUUGAAUCAGUUUAGAAUUCAGAGAAAUGUAUCUGGAAACUUCACAAAGUGGAUUUUGGCUUGAGUCUGUGACUCCGUUUGGCUUUGAGGUCCAGACUGAGGCUUCAGUCUCUGGAAAAUACUUUAAAAACGACUAAUACUAAUUAAACGUCGCCUCUCCUCUGACUUAAAGGGACCUGGUUGUUAGGAGGAACGUCUCCUGAAUGCUGUCAAAACUGCUGGUUAGCUGUGGUUGGACAGAAAAUGAAACAAAGCCUUUUAUUUUGAAAAGCAAACCUGAGCCGCAGACAACUUCCUGUCACAUGUAAACCGCUUUCUGCAGCCAUGAAGGAUUUAUCAGACAUUAUUCCUUCAAUUGAAAGUAAAAACAAAUAGCUUUGCAAUGAAUAAUCAUGAAGAUAAAAUCUGAAAUAUAUUCAUUUUGAAAAAAGGGAAUAAAAUGCUGCGUUUAUUGCCAAUAUUUAUAUCCAUUUCUAAAUGUUUUUGACUGUCGGCAGAAAUCUAACAAUAAGAAUAAUCAUGUAAUUAUUUCAUUUGUUUACUAUACUUUAUCAACUCAAAUUCAUGUUAUGCACACAAACAGAUAUAGCUUCUUGUUAAUUUCACUGCUUUAUUUUUCCAAUUUUUGUUUUUCUUCAAUAAUAGAAGUUUAAAUUUUUGGUGCCUUUUUUGAGCCUUCUUUUUUUUGUCAUUGUCUGCCAAAUAUUGUCUCAAUCAAACCUUUUGGAUCACAUUUUGCCCCAGAACAACUGUCAUUCUCACAGUUCUAAAGGCGGAGCUGCACGUCAGCGUCCGUCACGUCGUCGGUCUGAUCGAUCCAAAGCUGAAUCCAGCUGCUGUCUGCGUUUAACUGUCACUUUAAUGUAAUUGUUAAUUUAUUUCUCGUCAAACAGAAUGGGUGUUUACAUUUAUUUUUGUUUCAAUCUUUUUUUUUUUAUGUUGUGGCUGCAAUGUGCAAUCAAGGGUAAUAAGGGAGGUAAAUAUGCCAUAAGGGUGAUUUUUAUACUUGAAAACGAUCAUUCAGAAUGUGGUUAAGAAUUUUGCUGUCUUGUUUUUAUCAAUAAAAUGUUCCUCUGACCUCCA